AUGGUCAAGUUCAGAUAUCAUGAGCAGAGCAUGCUUGCCUUCCUGCCGAUGCAUAGUGGACUGCAAAAUGUACUGCUCAGAGCAGAUAAUCUGGACAUUUCCACCUUGGCUGAGCCAGCACGGGAGAAUGAGCAAGUGGGCAUUGGCGAGUUUGUGCGGGUGUCCCAAAAGCACCGCCAGCAAAACGUGGCUCUGGGUCUUCUGGUUUCUGCAUUUGCUGUGCUUUCGACCUUCAGUUGGGAUGGCAUCAACUUCAAGGAAACUAACCAAGAUGCCUUCAAUGACUUCAAUGUUGCGCUGUACACGGUGUGGAACUACCGCUGGGUGCGGGCCCUCUUUGAGCCUCGGCGCCUUCAGUUCCACUUCUGGAAUGCCCUUGCGCUUCCCAUGCUCGAGGCCGGUGAGCAUAUCGCAGAAUGCUGUCUCAAGUCGCUUUUUCGAGAAUAG